AUGAAGUUUGAAUUAUUACCAAAUGAGAUUUUUAUCGAAUGUUUUGAAUAUCUCGAUGUUUUGGAUAUAUUUUACUCAUUUAAUCAAUUAAAUGAUCGUUUGAACAAACUUAUUCGAAAUAUUCCAUUACGUAUCAAUUUUCAAUAUGUUCGUAAAGCAAAAUUCUCUCAAUUUUGUCGUCAAAUAACAUUAGAUCCAGAAAUUAUACAACAAAUUUCAUCAUUACAUUUAUCAAACAAAGAUACAUGUGGUCAAAUCAAAACAUUUUUAUCGAUUUGUUCAUUCAAUAAAUAUUCUAAUAUUCAUUCAUUAACACUAAGUCAUGUUGAAGAGGAAAAUGUACCUGUAUUACAGUCAAUUUUACCAUUGUGCUCAAAAUUGUACACUUUCCAUCUAAUUUCUCCUCAAGUUGAUGAAGAAGCAAUCAUAUUUGCUCUUCCAAUAUCUAAUAUACAAAAAUUAUCAAUAAUAUCAUUACGAUCUUUUCUAAUACAUAUUCAACAAUCAACACUUAUUACACAUUUAACAAUUUUAAAUUGUUCUUUAGAGCAGUUGUUAUAUCAAUUAUUUAAAUAUGUUCCACUACUUAAAUAUCUCAAUGUUGAAUGUAUUUCGAAAUAUAAUCGAUCAUUAAAAAAUAAUACAAUUAUUGAUCGAUAUAAUGCUGUUCAUCUGAAACACUUAAUUAUUGGUCAAUUUAAAUAUCGAUUUGAAGAUUUUGCAAAAUUUGUUCUACAAACACCAAAUUUACAAAAUUUAACAAUAAGUGCUGAUUAUGAUAUAGGCAUGUUUGAUGCCAAUGAAUGGGAAAUUUUGAUAAGAUCUUCAUUAUCUUUCGUAAAUAUUUUUAAAUUUAAAUUUGGUUGUCAUCGUACAUAUAAAGAUUUUGCUAUGCUCAAUUUUAAACAAUUUCAAACUGAUUUUUGGGUUAAACAACAUCAAUGGUAUACUCAAAUAUUAUUUGAGAAAUUUUUAUUAUAUAUUCAUACAAUACCUUAUUUAUCAAAUAUUUUCAAAUUAGAAUUCAAUUCAAGAAAAUCAUCUAAUGAAUUAGUAAAUGUUUCGAAUAUAUUUGAUAAAGUAACUAAUCUAACAUUAUUUCAUGAACAAAUAACAGAUAAAUGUUUAUAUCGUUUUUCAAAUCUUAUUUCAUUAAAAAUUGUUAUCUUAGAACAAGAAAUUAUUGAUUAUUCCAUAUCAAAAUAUUUGAAAAUGAUUGUUAAUUUAUCAAAUUUAAAACAUUUAGCUAUUUCUCAAUACCAAAGAUUGAUAUUAUCAGGAGAGUUAUUGAUUAUAUUAAAAGAAUCAUCACAAUUAUCAUCAUUAACAAUUUAA